GUUAGUUUACAACUUGGUGUUCUGCAUCUCUAGCAUAUUUGAUUCUCCAAGUCAAGAAUAACUGCUACUUGGUCCCUUUCUUACCUAGCCAAAAAGUUGAUCAUUGCUUAAUGAAGAAGAGCAGUUGUUAACUUGGGAAUACAAUUGGAAAUAGGUAUCUAAGCUACCCAAGUCUUGUAAGGGUGGGUUCACUUGGUUCUUUGCCUGUGCUGCAAGUCUAAUAUGUUCUAUACAGACAGACGUGAACAAUUCUACAUAGGUAGCGAGACACGACACUUAAAUUUUUUAUAGAGCUAUCCUCAAUAGAAUAGUGUACUGUUCUUUCAUAAAGCUAUAGCUGGCAUGGAGUGAAGGCAAAGCGAUCCCAAGGCAACCAUACGCAACAUCUAUUCUCAACAAUCCAGCUAUAUCUUCUACAAGAACAACACUUGGGACACCCUACGCCUGCGUGAUCAACCCUUGAGAUUGAGAGUGAUUUUAAAACCCCGGAAAGAUGUUUGUACUCUCUCUCCUUGAAUCCGCUGCCGGCGAAGUAGUGAGUAAGGUGAUUUCACUCGCUACUGAUCAAUUGAGACUCGAUAUCGUCUGGGGGUUCCGCGAAGAGAUAAAUAAGCUCAAAGAAUCCUCAACUCUGAUUGGAAAUAUAAUCAAUGAUGCUGCUCAUGAACCUGAAGAUCGGAAACUGCGGGCAAGGGCCGAUUGGAUGAAGAGGCUUAUAAGCGUAGCUUAUAAUGCAGACGAUAUUCUGGAUGAAAUAGAAUAUGAAGUUCAGCGUAUCGUUAUAAAGGAGACCAGCCUGGAUAAGAAGAUACUCGGCUUCUUCUGCAACAAUCCUGUUUUAUUUCGUCUCAAGAUGGCACGCAAGAUUAACAACAUCAACACAUCCUUGGAUGAUCUCUACAAGCAUGCAGCCAGUGUGGGACUCGGCAUGACAAGGAGAUCAAAUGGAGGUGCAGCAGCAAGUAAAGAUAAGUGGGAAACAACCUCAUUCGUUGACAAAAAUGAAUUCACCUUGAAAGAUGCAACCAUUGUUGGAAGGGAUCAGGUUGUGUCAGAUAUAAUUGCAACCUUGACCAACUCCAACAAUCAAGAAAAUAUUCUUUCGGUGAUGGCCAUUGUGGGAUUGGGAGGCCUAGGUAAAACUACUUUGGCUCGCUCAGUUACCAAGCAACUGAAAGAAGGUGAAAUGAAAAGGUACUUUGAUGCAACAUUAUGGGUGUAUGUAUCUAAUACUUUUGAUGUCAAUUCAAUUUUACAUCGAAUGCUGGAAUCAUAUGACGACGUGACUGGAGCAAAUCUUUCAAGUCUAGAAGCAUUGAUUGGAAGCCUCCAGCAGCAGUUGAAAGAGAGAAGGUAUUUUCUUGUACUUGAUGACGUUUGGAAUGAGGAUGCUAAUAAUUGGGAUGAUUUGAAGCGUUGUCUAUUGCAACUAAAUUCUGCUAAAGGAAGCUCUGUGAUUGUCACCACCCGUAGUGCCAAGGUUGCAUCAAUCAUGGAAACACUUCCUAGGUGCGAUCUAGAGACUCUAUCGGAUGAUGAAUGUUGGUCCAUAAUAAAGGAUAGAGCAUUUGCAGAUCCUAAUGCUCCGAUUCCUUCAGAUCUAGAGGGAAUCGGACGGGACAUUGCCAAAAAGUGUGCUGGUCUUCCAUUGGCGGCAAAGGUUUUGGGAAGCUUGAUGCGUUCUAAGAAUGGUAGCAAUGAAUGGAAGUCAAUUAAGGAAAGUAAAGUAUGGCAGGUAUCAUCAGACAAAGAGGAUAGCAGGAUCAUGUCGGUUCUGAGGUUGAGUUUUGACAAUUUGGAAUCACCAUUGAAACAAUGUUUUGCAUAUUGCUCCAUGCUCGAGAGAGGUUCCUCAAUUAAAAGAUAUAACUUGAUCCAACUAUGGAUGGCUCAAGGUUUUCUCCAUCCUUCUCAUGGUCACCAAACCGAGCAAGAGAUUGAAAUGGAGGAUAUAGGCAAUAAGUAUUUUGAGACUCUACUAGAGAACUCCUUGUUUCAAGAUGCUACAGAGAAUGAGGAUGACUAUGGUGUUAUAAUCUCUCAAUGCAAGAUGCAUGAUCUUGUGCAUGAUCUUGCAAACGAAGUAUCCAAGUGUGAGAGCUGGACAUCAGACUUCAAUCAUGAGAUGGAUGAUCAUGAGAUUCGACAUGUUGCACGGGUUCCUACUGCAAUACUAGAAAAGAUGCCAAAAUCAAGUAUAUCAAGACUGCGCUCAUUCUUUUCAAAUAUCGGGGAGGUCUCUAAUACCAUUUUUCCAAAAUUUAGAGCUUUACGUGUCUUAGGUUUUUGUGAGACUGAGAAUCAGGAGUUGCCAUAUUCACUUAGCAAGCUGAAGCACUUGAGAUAUCUAGAUCUUUCUGAUGGAAAAAUCAAAGCACCCCCAGAGUCUAUUGGCAAGCUCUAUAACCUCCAAACAUUGAGAUUACCUUGGAAUCUUAAAAAGUGUCCGAAGGUGAUUCAAAAUUUGUUCAACUUGAGGCAUUUUUACUUUGGUGAGGAGAUGAAAUUUGAGGCUGGGAUUUUAGGGCGAUUAACUAAUCUCCGAAGAUUGCCCUUCUUUAAUGUGGGUGAGGAGAGAGGUCCUGCAAUUAAGGAGUUGGGUGGGUUGAACCAAUUGAGAGGCCACUUGAUUAUUAUUGGGCUAGAACAUGUAAGGGAUGGAGAAGAAGCAAAGAAGGCUCGCUUGGUGCACAAGAGUCACUUAAGUCGGUUAACAUUUGCAUGGACAAACAAUGAGGUACCUAAUGAAAACCAGACGGAGGUACUAGAUGGCUUGGAACCUCAUGGUAACUUGCAAAGCUUGAACAUUUACGGUUUCAUGGGUGCUAGAUUUCCGUCAUGGAUAUCAGCUGAAGGAGGAGAGGUCGUGAAGGUAUUUCCUUGCCUCGAACAGUUGAGGAUAUCUAGAUGUCCCAACCUAGAGUUGAUUCGGAUCACACAGGGCAUGCCGUCUCUCCGGAAAUUGAAUAUUGAAAGUUGUGACAAAUUGUCAAGCCUAGGAAGUGGGCUCAACUACUGCACCUCUCUUCAGGAAUUGGAGAUAAAGGAUUGUUACAAACUAAGAUCAAUUCCAAUCACACAGGGCAUGCCAUCUCUCCGGAGCUUGAAGAUUUCUCAUUGGCAUCACAUCUCUCCGAGAAUUGAAGAUUGA